CGAGAGAGAGAGCGCGAGAGAGCGCGAGCGCGAGGAGAGCGCGAGAGAGCGCGAGAGAGAGAGAGCGCGAGAGAGAGAGAGCGCGAGAGAGAGAGAGCGCGAGAGAGAGAGAGCGCGAGAGAGAGAGAGCGCGAGAGAGAGAGAGCGCGAACG